UUUAUAAAUUUUGUGCUGUGCAGACGUCAGCGCAUCGCUGUGUCGCUCUCUCUCUCGCAUACUCGCAUAUUCGUUUUGUCGUCUUCGCGCGUGGCGCGUUAACUGCCUGACCUCCCUCCCAGCUCCUCGCACGCACACUUGCCGCCUACGACAGAGCAAAAGGCGCGCGCGACUAGUGAAGCACACAGGUUACACAUACGUGCGUACACACGUACAUAAAUACAUCUACAUGCAUUCAUCCACAUAUAUACAGGGCUGUGUGUGCGUUUGAGUUUUCAUAUAUAUUUGCAUUUGUAUAUCGUGUUUACCGUGUGUCGCGUUGAUUUCUUUUGUUUGCUGGCCAAUUGUUGGGCUUAAUUAAUUGCAAGUAGCAUAUGGUUCAGCAGCAACAACAACUACCACAAAUACAUUGAGAGACUUCGAGUUGAUUUCGCAACAAACGAAAAGGUAUUGAAAAAAGUGCUUACUUAUCCACCAAUACACAAGCACAAAAGCCAGCAGAAGCAGAAGCAGAAGCAGAAAAAGCAAACAGCGACAAUCGAAGCAGCAGCAAAGCCAAUACAAAACCAGUUUUCGACAACGCUGCAAGCAGCGCAGUCGCAGCGUCCAGUACGCAAACAGCAAUGCGAGUCAGCACAACUGCCACAACAACAACAACAGCAACAACAACAACUGCAGCUUAAUUGGCGCGCGUGUCAAAGAGCUUCUGCUCAAGCGUAUCUACAGUAUUAAAUCAACUCAGCCACAAAUUUAGUUUUUAAAAGCUCCGUGUCGUCAGGCUGGUGCGAGAUGGCCAACGAACCGCAGAUGAAGCCGCAAGUGCUGCUUGUGACCUUAGUGGCCAUUAGCGCAGCCCUGUCGCUGGGCAAUGCCGAGAGCUCCUCGAGCUGUGGACCCAACUUUCCGGUUGCCUGCUCCUGCGGCAACGAGAUGUACGAGGGCGCCGUCCAGUUCAUUGUGAACUGCACCAACGCGGGCCUGCACAACACCAGCGUGCUGGAGUACAUGCCCGAGCAGGUCGAGAUCCUGAUCUUUACGGGAAACUAUAUAACGGAGCUGCCAUGGAACGUCUUUGGCAGCAUCAAUGAUUACAAGCAGCUGAAGAUCGUGGACAUGAGCAACAAUCACAUACGCGAGAUACGUGGUAAGAGCUAUCACCACGUGCCACGCGUUGAACGCCUCAUCCUGAACCACAACAAUCUGAGCAUUUCCCGCUACGACGACGAGGUGAAUCAUCAUCAUCCGCGCGUCUUCUCCAACUUUGUCAACCUGCAAAGUCUGCAUCUGACCGACGCCUUUGAGGAUCACAGCUCGCCGCAACUGAGCGAGGAUCUGCACGAUAUUUUCGUGAACAGCCAGCUUGUUAAGCUGGAGAAGCUGCACCUGGAGCAGAACGAGAUAACGCACUUCAAGGAUCGCAACGUUUUUUGUGAUCUGCCAGCGCUCCGCGAUUUGCAUUUGGGUGACAAUCUCCUGAAGGACAUUAACUUUGAGGUGCGUUGCCUGAACAAUCUGCGUUUUCUGGAUCUGGAGCGGAACAAGUUUGAGUUUGUCAAGCCGAGCGAUAUGCGCCUGCUCAACGAGCUGCAGGAACGCGAGAAUCGCACCGUCAAUCUGAUCGUCGACUUCAAUCUGAAUCCCUUUGUCUGCGACUGCAAAAUAUCCCCAUUCCGCACGUGGCUGCAGGCGACUCGAGUCCAGGUGCGCAAUCAGGAAAGCCUCAUGUGCUUCCAUGGACUGCAACAUGUUGAUCCGGCGCCGGCGCACAUCCUCCAGCUGGACAUGGGCGAGUGUGCAGCCACAAUGGCGGCGGCUGCCUCGUUUCUGAAUAUCGCCGAGAACGAGCAGCUGUACGGGCAACUCCAGCCGCAUAUCAGUGGCCACACGGCCACACUGAUCUUUCUGCUGAUCGUGCUCAGCAUGAUUCUGCUGGGUCUGCUGGUGGCCCUCGUCUAUGUCAGUCGCGACAAAUUGAAGUACAUGAUGACUCCCGUGUUCGACAACGUGGCCAAGAAAGUGCAGUACACGUCAAUCAAGGAUGAGGAUUGCCCGGAGGUUCAUGUCUAAGCCCAACUGCAAAUCCCACCCACACGUCCAUAUCAAACAGUAGCAACAGAACUAAGUACAGUUUCGUUUGAUUACCAAUUUACUUUUAUUUUGCCAUUCGCAUAGCGCAAAUGUGUGCCAUUCACAGAGAACGACGUCUAAAAAAGGAGGAAACGGAGAAAUAAAAAACAACAACCAGCCCAAACCUUUUGUAGAAACCCUAUUCAGUUAACUGUAUUUAAAAACAAUAUAAGCACUCACAAACCUAUUGUUUGAUAGUACAUAAGUGAAUUGUUGCAUUUAAGGUAAUAGUAGAACUAAAAUGUAACAACGUUGAU